CGACCGACCCCGCCGCGUCAGACCAAGCUCCGCCCCGGAGCUCAAACUCCCCUCCACUCCUCCCAGCUCGCCGCGUCGCCCAUCGCAUCGCAUCACAUCGCGUUUCCACAGCCGCAGCAAUCACCAAUCCCCAGGACCAACGAAGACGAAGACGACGACGACGACGACGACGGCUGGCCGUCCCUCUUACCCCCGCAGGCACCGCUCAACAUGGCCGCCGCCGCGGACCCCUUUGACUCCGCGCUCGACCUCCUCCGCCGGCUGAACCCCAAGCACACGGCCGACCACCUCAAUGCCAUCAUCUCGCUCGCGCCGGACCUGACCGAGGACCUCCUCUCGUCCGUCGACCAGCCGCUCGCGGUGCGUCGCUGCCGCCAGACGGGCCGCGAGUACCUCCUCUGCGACUACAACCGCGACGGCGACUCGCACCGCAGCCCCUGGUCCAACCAGUUCGACCCCCCGCUCGACGAGGCUGGCGCCGGCGGCGUCGGUGCCGACGGCAACGAGGGGGCCGGCGAGGGGGCCAUCCCCAGCGAGCGCGUCCGUCGCAUGGAGAUCAAGGCCAACGAGGCCUUUGACAUCUACAGGGAGCUGUACUACGAGGGCGGCGUGAGCAGCGUCUACUUUUGGAACCUCGAUGAUGGCUUUGCCGGCGUCGUGCUGCUCAAGAAGGCGGCCACACCCGGCGGGAGCAGCGAGGGUGUCUGGGACUCCAUCCACGUCUUCGAGGCCAUCGAACGCGGCCGCACGACUCACUAUAAGCUCACCUCCACCGUGAUCCUCUCCCUCUCCACCGCCGAAGGUUCCAUCGGCGACAUGGACCUCAGCGGCAACAUGACACGCCAGGUCGAGCAGGACCUCCCCGUCGACAGCGACGAGAGCCACAUUGCCAACGUCGGCCGUCUCGUCGAGGACAUGGAGCUCAAGAUGCGCAAUCUGCUCCAGGAUGUCUACUUUGGCAAGGCAAAGGACGUGGUCGGGGACCUGCGCAGCGUGGGCAGCCUGAGCGACGGAGCCAGGGACAGAGAAACCCAGAGGGAGCUUAUCGGCAGCAUGAGGAGAUAGAAGAGGAACUGGGAGGGAAUUCUUUUGGAAGCGGAAUGAAGACCGAGUGCAAGCAGGUAACACAAAGCCGCACCAGAUGGUCUCCUGAUAGUGUCCCGAUGGUGAAGCGGCUGAGCGGCCCCGGGAUGUCUUGGGCCCCCGCAUCCUUCCUGAACAAGCCGCUAUCGAUGGCGUGCUGGCCGUGGCCCAGAGAUGGGCAGCGCUCUGCGACUCAUGCGUCCGGCGCGGACAGCCAGUCGUUGACUCGGCGCCGUCGGAGUCUGGCGGGAAUAGAAGCAAAUUAUCCACACCGAGACGAGAGUCCUGCCGUGUUACCUUACCC